UAGGUCUACCAUUCCACUUACACGAGCUACACGUCCCUCCCACACAUAGCUUCUACCUGUGAUAUACUGUUCUGGUAUGUUACAUAUUUACUAGCAGGAAGGAAACGUAAUACUUGUAAGACACAGCCGCCUCCUGACCAAAGGCUACACAAGUCUCCAGCUUGAUAAGGGAGACAUUCAAAAUCUUUUCAUAAUAGAUUUCUCCUUGAAGAUUCUUCCUAAUCACACACAUAUAGUCCAGGUGUGUGUGCUCAUCGCUAUAGAGGGCAAAGCAGGAAGAUUAGGAACUACACUGCAAUUUGUAGUCACAGAAUCUCACCUGCCAUACCUGACAGUCUCCAUGGACGACUCCUUCCCAGUCCUCACCGCUGGCAUUGUGGUGCCUUUGUGUGCUGGAGCAGCCUGGGUGUUCUACAGAUACCGUAAUCAGCGACGGUGCAAAUGGACCAUAGAUGAGAAGACACAGCAAGCUCUUCGUCGAUAUGUGCUGAUAGAAUCUACCCAUGGAAAGCCCGACAGUGUACUGCAGACUUUCAGGGAAUAUGCCAUAAAGAACAGCAUGAUAAAGAAGAUGCUUUUUACUCCAGACCAAGACAUUUUUCUAGCAGAUGCAGUGAACCAGUCUUCCUCACUAAUGGUUCUUGUGCUCGGCACACAAUGUGGGUAUUCAGCCAUAAGGGUGCUUUCCUUACUGCCUCCAGAUGGGAAAGUGUAUGCUGUGGAGGAAGAGGACAGCAUGGCGGAAGCAGCAGAGGAAAUGAUCCUAGUUUCUGGAUACAAAAAUAAUCAGUUUAAACUAUUGUGUCAACAUCCAGUCGAUGCAAUCCACACCUUACACAGCAAGUUUGAUUUGAAGAAGGUAGACUUAGUGUUAAUGGACUUUCAAAGUGAUGGCUACCUUGAAGGAUUGAAGGCUUUGACAGAACUUGGACUUCUUUCCCCUGGAUCACUAAUACUUCUCAAUAACAUGGGCCCCCUGGUCGGCAAAGACUUUGUAGGACAUCUUGAGAAAAGUGUACAUUAUAGAGUGGUGAAUGGCUGCCAGUCUUUAUUGAAAGUUGAAUAUGGGCAGUCAAGCCAAAAAGUAUUAAAAGUAAAAACAUUUAGAGAUGAAUAAAAAAUAGAAUUGUUAUGAAAA